UUGUUUACUUUCAGUCAUUAUGGCGCAGCAGAGGGCAAAGCGCUCAAAAGCCUGGGCUCACUACACUCGACUAACAGGAGACACGGCGUCUUGUAACAUAUGUAGAAAGAUAAUUUCGAACAAAGGAGGUAACACGAGUAACCUCAUUAAACACGUACAGCUGCGACACUUUAUAAACGUGAGGCAGAGCAGCGUGCUUGACUGUUUUAGCGGAGCUAACGUGUGCGCCGCAGCUGCUGCUGCUCUACACUCGGUGCAACGUCACAGCCCGGAUGCUCAUACAAACUCUAAAGGUUUGGAUCUCAACCAUGAAGAAUUCUUUGAGGACGUUCCCUUUAUGCAGAAUGCUUUGAAUCAGAACUAUGUCCCAGAUGCAGUGCUGCCACCCGGGGAGCCGUGGCUCCACGGCGGCCCCACUCGAGCGGUGCUGUCCCUGCCUUCCUGCCUGCUCCUGUGUGAGGACUUUGGGUCAGGGAUAUCUGUUGCUGGAUCUUCUGGCGUGGAGCAGUUGGGAGAGAUGAAAGUGUAUGCCAAGUGUCACCUUCAACUAGGCGUCAUGUUUGGGCCAUAUGUCGGAGAAACCUGUAGAGGACAAAUGCCGGCCAAUCUCAAAUAUGCCUGGGCUAUUAGAGAUGAUGCUUCUUUCAUCUACGUCGAUGCUUCUGAUGAAAACAAGUCCAACUGGAUGAGGUAUAUAAGAUACACGAGCAGUGAGGAGGAACACAAUCUGUUUGUCUUCCAGUUUUAUCGUCACAUCUACUACAGGGUUUCCAAGCCCAUCACAGAGGGAGCAGAGCUCAGGGUCUGGAUUGGCAAGGACUACGCCUCCCUGCUGGGCCUGGGCUUAGGCGACAGUGUGAAAUGUGAAAUUGGAGAGAAGGAAGCAGCUCUGCGCCUCCUGCAGGACAUCCAGCUGGUCACCCUCCCAGAGCCCAGCAGCACUUCCCUCUGGUCAGAUCAAAGCCAAUCACAGAGCCCAAUGCCUGUAAUUAGUGACGUAACAACAGUGUCAAACCCAGAUGCAGCUUCUGAGCCAGGAGGGCUUUCUGGGUCUGCCUUUGCCUCCGCUCCCAUUGUCUCUUUCCCAUCCCCUAGCUGUCAUGUGAUGGAAAAGUACGACUUUAUGCCUGGAACUGAGAAACUGCUGACUAACCCGAAUGCCACGCAGAACAGCCCGUGGUACUUUUUUGGGUUUGAGCCAGACCCAACGGGUCGCCCUCUGGACCGGGGCACAGCAGUGUGUAAGCUGUGUGGAGACCAUGUGGGCUGUGCUGGAGGAGGAUUGGAUCUGCAAAACCACCUGAUGUCCAAGCACCACAUCAGACUACGUGAGGGUGUCAAGGAGAGAGUUCCUCCAAUAAUGGCAGGUCCACAACGCUUCCAGCCAACGGUGUUCAGCAGCGGCCUGGUCAGCACACUCCCCCAGCUUUUGUCAUCUCAGGUGACUGAUGCCAUCGCCAACUUUCUCAUCAUGGAUCUCCAGCCUGCUGCUCUGGUGGAAGGGGAAGGCUUCAGACAGCUGAUCCACACCAUCUUGCCCUCCUGCAAGGAGCUGCCGUCACCUCGCCAGCUGGAGAACCUCCUGAAAGACCACCACACCAAGGGCAAGGCGAGCCUCGCUCAGAUGCUGAGGAAACUAGUAAGUGGAGAUGACGCGGAGAUGUCUGACUACACUGCUCCCAUCGAGUGUGAGCCCAGGAGACGUGGGCGGCCUCCCAGCCAUCGUAGGGAAGUUCCUCAUCAUGUCACUUUAAGUAUAGAUAUUUGGUCCCAUGACUGGCAGGGAGACACCGAGAAGUACCUCACCCUGUGGGCACACUGGAUAGACUCAAAUUUUAAUUCAAAGAAUGUGGCCCUAUCAACCCAAAGACUGUUGGAGAGCGGGAUGAAAGACUACACCCUUCAAGCAGUGGAGGCCCAGGUGAAAAUCAUGGCACUGGAGUGGGGAAUCUCCCAGUCUCACUUAAUCCUCAUAGGAGGAGAAGGAAGGAACAAAAUCAGGUUGGGAACAAUAAAGACGGAGAAAGGUAGAGAAGCUGCAGGAAGUGUCCCUCACCCAAACUCCACUACGUUUCUUGAGAGGGAAGACUCGGUGUCACCGGAGGAACCAUGUGGCUCCGAGUACAGCCUUUUCAGUGAGGGACUACCGUUUGUUCCGUGUUUCUUCAGUGCAGUGCAGGAGUGCAUUGAGGAAGUGAUGUCACAUCCUGUCAUCUCCAAGACACUCUGCCAAUUUCAGAGUAUUCUUUCAACUUUGUUCCUGUCGUGUGCUCAGAACAGGGGCUCAUAUCAAUAUCACGUUCAGAGUCUGUUGCAGACACUGACAAGAGAAGAACACGCAGAGCUGAAGUCGUGGGCUCAUAGUCGGCCAACGUGGAAUAAGCUCUACCCUCUACUGAGCAUGUUGGUCAAGCACAAAAGCCUUUUCUGUGAUCUAAUAAAAGAUAUCACAGGGGAGAACUUAAUGAAAGGAGACACUGCUUCAGAAACCAGCUCUUCUGGUAGCUGCCACGCAAACUCCACCUCCAACACAUCCUCAGCAAAUGUGACAAUGCGUUCUGAAUGGAAGGUUCUUGAGGAGCUGUGUUUGGUCCUCAGGCCUCUGGACGUGGCUUGUCGAACCCUCGCCAAAGAGGUCUUCCCCCGUCUGUCCCUCAUCAAACCCAUUCUCAUCGGCCUGCUCUCCCGCCACCUCGUGUCCCGGCCGGGUGAUUCGUCGUCCAUCUUGAAGGAGGUGAAGAAGACGAUGAGGCGGAGCUUGGCGAGUUGUUAUGACAACCCUGUUGUGAAUAGGGUGCUGUGUGUGGCUUGUUCCCUUGACCCACAGUUCCAUGGGCUGGGGUUCAUGGAGGAGAAGGAGCAGACCACCACAUUUGACUGGCUGAAGAAAGAGGCCGUCAGGAUCGUGAAGGAGGACAGGAAGAGGAGGAGCCAAGGGAAGAGCCACAUUAAGAGAAGCCCCUCCCCUGAGUCUCCGGAGUCUGAGAGUGACAUCCUGCGGAGGAGCAAACGUCUCAGAGAGUCUCGUCCAAUCAACUUCAGAGAGAUUGAUGACGAAGACGAAGAGAGUGACGUAGGCGACACUGAUGAGAACGAAUCACCUGACCCGACCUCUCAGGGUGGACUCUCUGGAAUGGAGUUCCUGCUGGGAGAUCUGUUCUGCUCUGCCCCUCGGAGCAGGCAGAGUUCUGUGGAGGAGUCUAUAGACAUGGAGAUGUCCGUCUUCAGGGCCGACAAGGGGGCCUCACUGGGUGUGGAGCCCCUGCAGUGGUGGAGGACAAAGGCGGUGCAGUUCCCACUCUUGGCCAUUGUGGCACGGACUUACCUGGCCGCUCCCGCCGUGGCAGGAAAUGCCGUGAAGGACUUUGUGCAGGACGGAGCAGGAGCCUCAUACAGGAAGAGGGCAAACAUUUCGCCUGAGAGUUUGGACACAAUCCUGUUUCUACACCACAACCACGUGCCCGCUUAUGAGGCUGGGCAGCCGGCAGCAAGGAAUGAUGACAAGAACAGUGGGAAUGAAAAGGUCCCAUGAACACACACACACACACACCAUUUUCACAUGCUCUGAUUUUAACUCAUUGCAUUACAAACUAUAUGUGAAGCCUCCUUUCAAUCAAGAGGUUCAGUGACCAAUUAUUACAAAUGACAAUUUUUCAUGUCUUGUUUAAUGUUGCUGAGUCACCAAAACUUAAUGUUUUCGCCCAGUUGUAGAUGUUAGUUCAUAUAUUUCUUUUUUUUUUUUUUUUUAUUGAAAGUACUGAAUAUAAUUUCAGUGCAGACAUAACAUGUAGAUUGGAGAGGCAGACCAUUAGUGUUGUUCAAUAACUGGUUACUGAAGUUAAGGAAUUACUUUACAUUAUUACACAGUUAUAGAAAAGAUAGAAAACCCCAUAUUGGUCAGCCUCUGCUACUAUCUGCUACAGUAUGUAAACAGAGUGGUGUCAUACUAGAGCGACACAUUGUAGCCAAUCAGUUCCACUUAGAAGAACACAAUGCAUUAAACAGAGGCUAACUCUGGAGCAUUUCGGGUUCUUUCUUCUUGGCAUGUGUCUGUUUAUUGCAAGAAGACAAACUUUGAGAAGGCUGCAAGGAAAAACACUCCUUGAGCUCCACCCUUAAACACCCGGACUACUGUGCUUGGUACCACAACAGAAGGCUGGGACGGUAUGGAUUGGUUAUUUUGGUAGCCUUCCCAACGUUUGACAAUAAAAACGUAAUAAUAAUUGCAUUACGUAACAAACUGUCCCGCUUGGUUGAGACGGGGCUGUAACACUUUACCUCCUCUACAUAUACAUUUGAUUACUUCCAUAAACCACAGUUCUCAUCUCAAAGUUAGCGCCCUGGAAAAAAUAACUCAAUUGACAGCUUGAAGUAAAUAGCACAUUAUGGAAGUUUGACCAUGACAUUUUUUCAUUCAUUCUCUUUAAUUCAGUCUAUGAUGUACACGUCAGAAUGAUUUUACCAUUUUGUUUUGUUUUUAUUUCCCGGGAACUUAAGAGGACAGACAAAAAGAAAAUUCACUUCAUGUAGUGUGUAUGUGGUAGACUACUCUACUACUGAUUUGCAUUUAAAGGUCUAGUGUGUAAUAUUAUGGAGGAUUUAUUUGCAGAAUUUGCACAUACCAUGUUUGUAUUUGUGAAAAUUGUUUUUGUAGCAUUAGAAUUAGAGCUGUGUAUUGGCAAGAUGUAUGGAGGUGAUAUUGUGAUGUAUUUGGAUACUAUAAGCAAGGAGAUAAAUAGCACCCCCUCCACCAUUAUUAUGGUUUAGACAAAUACAUAUUAUAUGCAUAGACUACAUACAGUUGUCUUUGUCUAAUGAGAGGAGUUGAAGUUAAAUACAACACAAAACUACUGUCAGAAAACCAAUGUCAAGAAUAUUUCCAUACUGAUACUAGUGGUAGACCUAUUAAUUAAUUGUGUUGAUAUUUCAUUGAUUUAUUCAUUCAUUCAUUCAUUCAUUCAAUCAUCUUCUGACAUAGGGCAAAAGGCAUGGUACACCCUGGACGUAGAGACAAACAACCAUUCACUCUCACAGUCACAGUUUUGAAUGAUCGAUAUUAUUACAAACUGUGCUUUUGUUGUUCUCAGAAUCUUUAUUUUAAAUGUUGCCAAGUCACAAAAACAUUAUUUUUUUUAUCCAAAUGGUUUUUUUUUGUUUGGUUUUUUUUACUUUUGAUGACCGUACAUGUUUCAUAUUCAGUUUAUGCGUUAUUUUUAUUGAAAAUACUGCAGUGCAGACAUAAAAUGUAGAUUGGACAGACCAUGAGUAUUUUUCAAUAACUGGUUAUUGAGGUCACACAUUAAAUAUGAAAACAUAUUUCAUAUUUAAUAUAUCAGAUGGAGGAAAAAAAGAAAAACGGCUAAAUUUAUGGGCCAAACAUUUAUUGGCAUUACUUAUCAGCCAACAGCUGCCCUUAUUUCUAAAAAUCAGUAUCGUCUAUAGAAGAACCCAUAUUGGCUGACCUCUAAUCAAUAUAGCACUUAAAAUUAAGAAAAUUAAAAAAAGAUUAUACACCAUGGAAUAUUGAGAUAUUUUAUUUUAUCUAUAUUUUCUUUCACCUUCAGUAAGAACAUGCAUUUCAACAGCAGCCCGAAAAUACUUGUUACAGUAAUAUUAUGAGGGCUGCAACAAUUAUGUAAUUAAUUGAUGAUUAAUAGUGAGCUGAUGAUUAACUAAAUCAAUCAUCAACUAUUUCGAUCAUCGAUUAUUCUGUUUUAGAGGUUUUUUUCAAUAAUAAAAACAAGCUUUCUGAUUUUUUACAAUAAUGGUCCUUUUCCAUUACACAGUUCUAUCCCUUCUCGACACUACUGGACUCAGCUCUACUCAGUUUGGUAUCAAGCACGUCGUUUUCCAUGACGUCAUAGUUCCUCCUCAUCGUGGGCAGGGUCGUCAAAGCACGGCUGCACUAAACUGCCUUGUUUUUUAUAUGCAAAACAAACUAGUGACAGGCAAAGCAGUUGUUUUCGGUGUACUGAAUCAUUAGACUCAGUUAAUUGAAAAGAUUGGUUCCUGCGUGAUCGGACUACAGACUCCGUCUGACACAGUAUGAUGGAAAAGCACCAUGAGAUGCCACUUAUUCUUACACACUGGACCUUUAACUUUGUUGUGUAGCAUCUAGUGCCUUACCUUGUUGAAAUGCUAUCAGACAUUACCUUCAAAAGUAUCCCCAUUUUUUAUGUCAAAUUGAAAUCAGUGUAUACACUAGAGAAUGACUUGCAUUGUGUGUAGACAGUCAAAUACCACUGUAGUAUUAGUAUGUACACUAGUAUAUAUAGUAUAUGUAUGACUUGCACCAUAUGGCUUAAGCAUUUUGACGACAGUAUAUUCUGUAUCAUGAAUCUGUAUGUUGUGAAAGACAAUACCAAAGACUAAAUAUUAGUUCACUUUUUUAUUAACUUGUGUUUUCUUUAUGUUCUAGAAGGAAUUUAAGUUUUAAAGGUCUGGUCUGUAGGAUUUAGAGGGAUCUAUACGCAGAAAUUAAAUGUAAUAUUCAGGAGUAUGUUUUUUCUGUUGUGUCAUCAUCUGAAACUAAGAGUGGUUGUGUUUGUGUUGGUUUAGAAUGAUUCUUCUACUUCUGGACCAUGUCCUCUUCUGCAGAGCCCACCAGGUGGCACCAGUGUGUUUUCACAGCAGCUCAGAAGGGACAAACCAAACACUGGCCUUUUAUAUUUUAACAUCACCUGAAGGA